AUGCCUGGCCAAGUUGGCUCGCGCCCAAGGGGGUUUGUCCCUCUUCCGCCGCGCCAAACCCCUGACGAGAAUAUCAACCAACUAAAGACUGCUCUUCUGCAAGAUGAUUUGGAAACAUUUACCCGUCUCCUCGUGAGCCCUGUCAAGGCAAACGACCUUUCAGCAGUCAUGUACGAAGCCAUAAAAAAGGACCGUGACAGAUUUGUUCAAGGGCUACUAGAUUUCGGUAUGGGUACAAGCUACAACUUCGCGUUUGAAGCCGUCCGCAGCGAGGCUACCUCGUGCCUCGAGGUCUUCCUGGCAAACGGCUGGGAUAUCAAUCAACCCCAGUCGGAAACCCAGCCCUCUAUCCUUGCCGACGCUAUUACGAACAGAAAACUGGCACUUUGGCUGCUCGACCGCGGUGCUGACCUAAACAAGUCAACCUACGUCGACAUGACACCCAUGUCCCUCGCUGUCCAGAAUGCGUCACCUGAUCUUGUUAAAACAUUCCUCGACCUGGGUGGAGAUGUGACAAAAGGGGAACUGCUACACUAUGUGUUGGACAGGCCCAGAAGUGAGGCCGCCGAUACGAUUGAGAUCCUGGCAAUGUUACUCAACAAAGGCGCGCCGCUAAACACCGUCAUGUACGACAAGCACGCGGCUUCCCGGAGACUCUAUCCGUUUAUUGAACGUGGGACCGCGCUCCAGAAGGCUGUCGCAACUGGCAACGCAGAUGCUGUGCGGUAUCUACUAGGACGAGGAGCAGACCCAACCAUCAAGAACAGCAUGGGGCGUGACGCAGUGGAGUGCGCGGAAAGGUCGGGACAUGCUUUUCGGCUCUUGAGCAGCCCAGUUGCCUAUUCUGGUACUGCUUGGUGGGAAGUGCGAAAUUCUUCCACUAGCCUGAUGAUCACCUUGAACCGUUUCGGCGAGCUGCGACUGGUAUCCCAGAGUCCGGCUCUUCUAGCUUUCCGUAGCAUAUCUCUCAUCGGCGGCAAUGACUGCUUGAUUUAA